AUCAGCAUGGCGCAAAACUUCGCGAUAAUUCAUCUUGACCAAAAGGCUAUAUCAGUAUUGCCAAAAGAACUUUACAUUGCCUGUCUUCCUGUUGGAGAUUAGUUACAUCAAAAUGUUACUCGGAUUACUCUUUUCGCUACUGGCGGCCGCCGUUGUUGCCGACGAUCCGCCAUCAACUGGAAGUCCCAACACACUACCGGUGAUCUUACCACCAUUUGACUACGGUGGCGCAAUCGAAAAGGGGCUUAUGGAACAUCUUCCGCAAACCCCGGUCCAGGUAGAAAUUAUAGCAGGCCAGAUACCCCAAGACUGCAAGGAUCGAGCCCAACAGCAGAAUAUAUCUAUUUCUGAUAUCGAGGUCUUUGCGGCGUCCUACAACGAUUGUGAUCAUCCUUGGACCAUGUGCCGUGUCAAGUCGGCAAAGACCAACGCAACUACUAUGGCAUCUAUGUUCGGCAAGAUGCCGUUGGGUAUGCGCGAGUACAUCAGACAUGUGAUGGUAGUCGAACCGGAAUCUAUUCCCGGUGCUGCCGCUGUAUCAUCUGGGGACACUAUUUUAUUUUCUGAUACCUCCUACCGGCUUUAUAUCUUCGCGCAUGAGAUGUCUCAUUCUCUAGACUCCCACGUCCCUGUCCCGGGCGUUACGCUCGAGGGACAUGGCGGUCUAAGUAUCAGUCAGAGGUGGGCCGAUCAGUUUAGGAUGGAUACAGCGACUGUCAGCGACUAUGCUCGUAGUGCAUGGCAGGAGAACCUAGCUGAGAAUGGCCCCAUUGCACUCUAUAAUAUCGUGGUGCCUGGUGGUAUAUUUAGCCUCGAGAGCAAUGCUACUCAAGUAUUCCAUCAAUUCGCUACCUAUACGACAUACUACCGUGAUAUUAUCACCCCGGGCGGCAAGAAGAAUUGCACUGGCCGGCUGCCGGAUUCCCCGCUGGUUAAAUCGGGGCUUGGGUCGCCAGGUUUCAUACGACCAGAGGGUGAGGACGUGUUCAAGGCAAACAUCACGAGGAUCCCGCCUGGACUUUUCCACAACGAUACGUUCAUCUUUCCUCUCGAUCAUACUCAUAGCCACUAACCCGGCGCUUGAAACGGUCGGAUUAGACAUAGGUUAUGAUGGCAGGGAGUUCCAGGCACAGGGGGGUUAAAGUCACUAGAAAGUAUGUGACACUUGAAGAUGCCCAGGGUUUAACAAUUUGGUAUUUGAUGGAUUCAUCUUGAGAUGGUACCUACAGAUGAUACUACCCCAAUGAGCGCUAUUUUGGUGAUAAGAAAAUGAUACCAACACAAGCGGAUUAGGUUGUCUUCAGAUUUAUAUAACUUAGAUACCACCUAGGUAAAAUUCAGAAGUCAAUAGAAUGGUACUUUUCUCAA